AUGACGGGCCAUCGAGAGAAGCUCAAUGAGCUUGACGAGAAAAUUACCGAAAAUGUGAAGUUCGAAGACGGAAGCAAGGCGCACAAGUUUCCUAAUCCAGCUUGCGGGAAAAUCUAUGUGAGCAGAGAUGCCGUAUUCGUGGAGGAGAAGAAGUGGGAGUGGUGCAACGACAACAAUAAGCUCGUACAAAAUUCCAUGGAGUUCGGAAUCCUACGAUAUGUCUAUAUGAAGGCACCACUGCAUUUUUUCAAUGGUGACAUCAAAGAAGAAGUCUAUGUCAAUCAAACUGAAGGUUUCAUCACCAAGAAUAAAGAGCACAAGGUGUACAAGUUAUACAAGGAUCUUUACGGACUACGUGAAGCACCAAGUGCGUGGAACACUUGCCUCAACAAGAGAAUAAUGAGUCUCAGUUUCAUGAAGUGUUCUCAAGAGCAGGUUGUGUACACGAGAAACCAUGGAGAAGAAUUACUCAUUGUCGAUGUAUACGUCGAUGACUUGAUCGUGACAGGAUCAAGCAUCAAGAGUGCUGAUGAGUUCAAAAAACAAAUGAUGAAAGAGUUCGAGAUGAGUGAUCUCGGGCUACUCACGUACUAUUUUAGUAUAGAGGUGGACCAGAAGAAAAAUAUUAUCGAGGUGAAGCAAGAAACCUAUGUAGAGAAAGUGUUGAAACGGUUUGCAAUGGAGGAUUGCAACUCGAGCAAGUAUCCAAUGGAAACAAAGUUGCAGCUCAGAAAAAAUAUGGAAGAAAGCUUAGUGGAUCCGAAGAAGUAUAAGCGUAUCAUCGGGUUUGUCAUGUACUUGAUGCACACUCAACCCGAUAUUUUUUAUGUAGUUGGCAUAGUGAGUCGAUACAUGGAGAAGCCUACUACUCUACAUCAACAUGCAAUAAAACACAUUCUACGUUACGUGAAGGGAACGACGAGCUACAUGAUUCAGUUAAAAAGAGGACGAGAAGUUGAAGAACUCGUUGGUUUUACUGACAGCGACCUAGGUGGUGACACAAACGAUAGAAAAAACACCGGAGGGAUGGUGUUUUAUCUCAACGGGAAUUUGAUCACCUGA